AUGGGUCCAGGUCGCCUUCUCUUGAGGAGGCCGUUCAUGGCCUCGGGCCUCCAGAUUCAGGCCUGGGCGGCCACUCCAGCAACACCGACACCAUGGAUCUGCCGACGAUGCAUGUCACAACAACAAGGACCAGCAGCGGCUGGCCCCGAAUCAUCACAGCCCUCCUUGGGCCAGUGGGACAACAGCCCCCAAGAGCCUCAUGCCUCAAUAUCGCCCUCAACCUCAACCUCACCCUCACACCAGCACUACCCCCAAGAAUCCCCAGACCUCACCGCCAUAUUCGCUAACCCAACCUGGUCCGUCCGCUCCCUCCUCCCCGCCUCCCCAACCUCGGGGGAGGAGACCACAUCGGGUGAGGAGAUCACAACAGCAACACUGGACCACCUCCUGCGCCUGUCCGCCCUGCCGCCCCCGGACAACCCCGCCGACAAGGAGCGCAUGCUCACGACCCUCCGGUCCCAGCUGCACUUUGUGUGCGACAUCCAGUCCGUCGACACCAGCGGCUGCGAGCCACUGCGGAGCAUCCGCGACGAGACCUCCGCCGGCGUCGCCGAGUCCACCGUCACCCUGGAAACCCUGCGGGAGGCCCUGUCCCGGGAGACUACCGUCGGGUAUAGGCGGAGGCCGCGGAGGGUCAGAGACGCCCAGGAGAGGGUGCAGUCCGAGGAGGAGAGGCUGGUUGAAGCUGCCACCGUGGAGAGGAGACAUAGGAGCUACUUCGUUGUUGCUAGUGGCAAAGGGGCUGAGAAGGAGGCCUGA